CUACUUGACCAAUGCGCAUUCUUCUCAGGAGCCUCAAGCCAAGGUGGGCUUUACAAAUGCGAACUUUGCACAAAUACGGUGACCCAAGUUGUAUGCAAUUCGACUCUCCCUUGCUCUGAGGUAAACCAAGUAGGCACCUUGAACGGGAAGAUAGUUUACACAGACGCAAAAGCAGGAAAGGUCAAGCAGUACAAUCCUGAUGAUAACUCGGUUAAAGUUUUGGUGGGAAGUGGACACAACAGUUUAUCCGAAGGGACACAAGAUUCGUGUUCGUUCAAACAAAUCAAGGGGAUUUGCUCUGUAGACAAGACUUUGUUUGUUACAGAUGUUUCCGAUGGAAAAGUGAAGAUCGUGACAAGGCUUUAAGAAACGAUAUCUUUCUAGAGAUUCUUGGCUCCCUUUACGAUACGUUUGGAAUUCAUUCUAAGGGCAUGAAACCUGAAGGAGUGUCCUUGAAACAAGCUAGACGGAACGUCACAAAGAUCGACAACUAUGAGAGAGGUACUGUGAGUAAGGGUAAGGAACGUUACCAGUUGUCUGAAACAUCUACAACGAAUGGUCCACAGGGAACUGUGUCACAGAAGACUCAAAUGUCUGUUUCUUUGCUGAAAAAAGGGACGGACAGACCGUAUAUGAACGUGAUGGACGUUAAUCCAGAAUUUGCGUACGACAUACUGCUGGAAACGCUGCUGACAACACAAGUUGAAAACCUGCAUGCUGUCUCACACUUCAAGCAUGAGACAUUUACGGUUCUCCAGUAUGCCCAGGAUUUUGGUACAAUCGUGAAGGAGUCUAUAAAGCGUACAUCCAGAUGGGCAGCAAAGUACUAUACGCAUGACAAGUCGUACUAUCCUGUCCCUCAAUCUGCCGUGCCCCUUUCAGCUGUUGCAACGAUGGCACCUUUGCCAAGUGAAGGAAUAACACCAGGUAUGGAGGAACAGAUAAAAGAAUGGUUAGAGAGCUACAGACCAGUUCGCCAACGGACUGUUAAGAGUGAGACAACAAAAGAUAAAGCUGGUGCCUUGCCGCCUGCUGUCUACGCUGUUCAACCCACCGGGAACGAGUCUGACGAGCGACUUCGAUCCCCUGAGGAAAUCGAUAUCAUUAGAUCGAAUUCCGUACCACAACCAGUUGUCACUAUACAAUUUGUGAACGAUGGCGAUGUUUCUGAGAUGUUCGAGGAUCACAGAGAGGUACAAAUUGAUGAAUAUGAGACAGAUUCUGAUGACGAAGAAACCGAA